GUACUAUUCCAUAGUAGUAGUAAAAAUAGAUUUAAUGGAUGAUGAUAAUGCACGUAAAAGAAAAUACUGGAAACUUAUAAAGGAGUUGACAGAUACUGAUUGAUGCGUCCCCCACCCACUACACUACACUACAUACACUACUACUGCUACACACCAAACCAAUUUAUAGGACAACCUUGAUUCAUUUUUUUACUCUCACACAAUCAUAUCAUUUCAUACAUACCUGCAUUCCUCAUCACUCUUGUAUCUCUGCAAUCAACACUGUUUUGUUUUCUCGGAAACUAAAACGUAAAGCUCACGCCAUAUUCUUCCUCUAAUUAAAAAAGUCUUCCGCCUGCGUCCGCGAUCAUUGUAUCUACCACAAUAUUAUCCCCUUUUUCUCUUCCAAUUUCAUUAACAUUCCAGCCGAGCUAAAAACUCUAUCAUGAGAGAGAAAGGCAAAGCCAUUGAAGCUUUCAGCAACGACAUUCCUGAAUUCAACUACUCCGCCGCGUCCGAGCUCCCCUGCAGGAAGCACCCGAAUUCGUCGUCGGUCGGGAUAUGCGCUCACUGCCUCAAAGACAGGCUGGUGAAGCUGGUCUGCUCCGAAUGCGGCGAGCAGCGCCUCUCGUCUUGCUCCUGCUCCGACGUCUCCUCCUCCUACCGGAACUCCUGCAGCACCAUGGAGGUCGGCAGCGUCGGGAGGGUCUCCUUCCUGAUCGAGAACGACAAAACUGAUCAGGUUCCCAAGGCUAGAAGAGAGGAGAGAUCGGAGCAGGUUAUAUUCCUGCGGCGGAGCACCAGCAGCUGCGUCGAGGUGAAGAAGACCAACGGAUUCUGGCGGAUCAAGCGCCUCUUUCGAAAGAGGAGGAGCAAGGGAUGCGGCGAAUUCUCCGACGAGGUUUGGGUGUCGGACGCCAUGGGGGUUUCGCGGUCCAGGUCGCUCUGCAGCUUCAGAGGCGGCGCCGACGAAGGCAUGAGCGACUGCGCGCUCUCGAGCGCCAAGAUUUCCGACGUCACGAGCGGGAUCUUCCUCGACUCCGACAAGCAGUUUGGUUUCCUCAACGAUUCGGAGCCGCGGCGGAGCGGGUUUCGAGGAAUUGAUCAGUUUGAUCGGGCGUAUAGCGUUCCGAACCGGAGUGUACAUGUUUUUCCGGCCAAGGAGAGCGACUUCAGCGCCAUGGACGAGUCGGCUUUCAUCGACUUGAAGCUCGAUUUGUCGGCGGAGUCGAUUGAGAGUGUGGGGGGUUUUGCAAAUAUGACAAGUAGUGGGGACUCUUGCAGGAUUACCAUGAAUGAUAGGGGGUUAAAGCGAGGGGGCAGGACCCACAAAGUUUGGAAAUGGAUAUUCAAGUACCCUCCUACAAAUAAGAAUAAAGGGAAAUGAUGCUUGUUUAAAUUAAUCUUCAAAUCUGUGAUUAAGUUUAGUUGAUGAAUUUCUUGUGUUUAUGGUGAUAGUUUCAACAAUUGUUAGCGGAGAGUAAUAGUUCAUCAGUUCAUAAAAUUUCAGUUGCCGAGUAUAUACACAGAAUUUAUGAUCUUUAA